AUGUCUUCUAGCGAGACCAAGCCGAGGAAACGAGUCCUCGUCUCGUACGGGGUUGAUAUCGAUGCCAUCGCAGGGUGGUUGGGUUCGUACAAAGGCGAGGAUUCUACGAGCGAUAUAUCCAGAGGCUAUCUUGCGGGCACAGAGGGAGUCAGGAGAUCAUUGAAACUGUUUGACAAGUAUAGCAUCAAGGCAUCAUGGUUCAUCCCAGGCCAUAGCUUAGAGACAUUCCCGGAAGAGUGUGCCAUGGUCCGCGAUGCUGGGCACGAAAUUGGGCUUCAUGGAUAUAGUCAUGAGAACCCGGUGGACACGACCCUCGACAAACAGCGUGAUAUUCUCGACUACACGUAUCGAAGGAUCACCGAGUUCUGCCAUGGGAAACCACCUCGAGGAACAGUCGCUCCU